CAGUUUCAUGCAUCUUUAUCACGGAGUCAGAUUGCAUUUGCAGAUGGCGGCGUAACUGUGCAAUAAGAUGUGGGAGCUCAGAUAUAUAUGGGUAAUAUUAUGAUUGACUACUUUUCUUGGUUAUGGCAUCUGCAAUAUCUUCAUCAAAUAUUUACCUUUGGGUAAAGCCAGAACCAUUUGAUGUUGGUAUUAUUCAAAUUCCACCUCCUAUAAAGUUAAAUCAUCAUAACUUACGAAAAUUAUUUGCAUAUGCUAAGAAUAAAGGAAAUGCUGGUUACCCUCGUAUAAGUUAUUCAGUAUGGAAGCAUGUGGCAUGCAAUAAACUACAAAUUGAUGAAAGCCUUGCAUGGACCUAUUUUCACACAUGCGAAGUGCUGACUGAAAAUGAUUCAAAUAUGCAUUUAAAAAAUGCAGAGAUUAUAUUUGCUGCAAAAGAUGAAGCCGAGAAGGCAACUAUAAAGGAGAAACGAAGUGUCGAUUUAUUGAAAUUUAUUUUAUACUUGUACAUUCAACAUGCCCAUGUUAUUUCUAUGAAAUCACCAAUUGUUACUGGUGACGAGUACCCACUAAGAAGUAGAUCAAGUGACCUUGAAGGCCGUGCUGCCAUUGGUAUAAAGGGUAUUGAUGAGAAUGCUCAAAUGUCAUUUAUUAUCAAUAACAUCACUGAAAUUUUAGACCUGCUUGUGGAACCUGAUACUUAUGGAGAAGACAAUGAUGUAAUGUUAACUGUUGAUGCAGUAAAAAUCUUAAGUUUUUUAAUAGGAGCUACAGUUGAUGGCAGAACGGUUUUAUCACUGGAACAAGCUGCUUGUCAACAAAAAGAAGCUAAAAAAGCAGGCUAUUCUAAAAUCUCGCAAAUGUUUAGCUGUCGUCGUCUUCAAAGUUGGAUCAAAGCAUAUUUACACAGAAACCCUUUUGGUAUUUACUCGUGUUUAACAUUGGGUCAGAAACUUCGUGGAAGAGGAUACACUUGUGGAGAUGACAGUUUCAGCACCAGUUUUAGUACAAGCCUUAGCACCAGCAUGAGUGAAGAUAUGAUGGUAGCAUCGUACCGCCCUCAUAUGGAUUGGUAUGACAUGCAGACUCAGCUUCUGCAAGACGCCGAACUUACAGCUUCUCUUAAAUCGUCUCAACCCAACAUUGUAAACAGAAUAAUAACCAAUGCAAAUUACUCCCCUGACUGUUCAAAGCGUAUGAUUUGUAACCAGGUGUGCAGAAGAACAGUAGCACGCACUGGCGAUGUUUUAUCGAACAGUAUGGUGAAUAUUCAUCGUUGUCAACAUUCACAUCUCUACUUGAUGUCACCUUUGUAUUCUGUCAUCAUUGAGAAGUGUCAUGAUUCCACUGUAGUACUGGGAGCUGUCAACACAGUGGUGCUGGUGAUAGCUUGUGAGAAUAUACAAUUGGUUGGUGUAACAAAGCGGAUCGUUAUUAUGUCUUGUAGAAAUUCAUCAUUCCAUCUGUGCACGCAAUCAAAACCAGUUUUAAUUGGCAAAAAUAAAUCGUUAAAAUUUGCACCUUACUACACUUACUAUCCACACUUAGAAAGCGACAUGGUUAAAGCUGGUAUUACACCAGAACUAAAUUACUGGAAUCGACCUUUACUGCUAGGAUUAAAAAAAGAUGAGGAAGACGAGAUAUGGAGAGAAUUUCCACCAAGAGACUUUUUCAAAUUUGUAAUUCCGUUUGAUACUGGAGGAGCAACAAAGAUAUGUCCGAUGCAUCUACCUCGUCGAUAUAAAGAUGCUUUACUGGAAAGAGAAAGACGAAUAGUUGAAUGGCAUGAGAUGAUACGAACGUCUUCAUUGCACAAGCCACAAAGAGUUCAGCUUCAAACAUUAGUCAACGAAAGAUUUCAGGAGUGGUUACAGGAAACUGGAUAUAAUAGUUUAUUGGAAAGUCUCGCUCCACCAGUUCCACCGGUUGCUCCGAAGUAGCUAACACUCUAUUGAGUUUAGUUUGAAUGCUGGUCAUUCAAAGAGUCCGUUGACAAGAAUCAAUAAGGAUUUCUCUCUUCGGUUAAUUCAACAAUAGAACAAUAGGAAAAUAGUCUAAAAAAUUAUGUAAAUAUUUUCGUGUAUAGGGCUUAAUAAUAGAUAAUUCAACUA